UAUUUGACAUAGCUGUGAGUAAAAGGCGUAGCUAGUAAACACCACAGCAGACGUCCGAGGCUGAAAACACCAAUUGAUUAAACCCGUGCGCCGUUACAUGUUAAGUCUACCGGUGUGUUUGGUUCUCUUGGUGCCGUCCGCGGUUGUCAUAGUGACUGUCAGCCUCCAAAACAGCAGAACCGUCGGGGCGUUAGCCAGCCAGCUAACAAGCUAGCAUAGCAAUCAAGACGUAGCAGCAUCAGCCGCAGCUAGCAUUAGCAUUAGCAGCAGAAGACAAAGAUGAUAGCGCUUAUCAACAAGCUGCUGGACUGGUUCAAGGCGCUCUUCUGGAAGGAGGAGAUGGAGCUGACCCUAGUUGGGCUGCAGUACUCGGGGAAGACGACCUUCGUUAAUGUGAUAGCGUCUGGUCAGUUCAGUGAAGACAUGAUUCCCACAGUCGGAUUCAACAUGAGGAAGAUCACUAAAGGCAACGUCACCAUCAAGCUGUGGGAUAUCGGCGGUCAGCCUCGGUUCAGGAGCAUGUGGGAGCGUUACUGUCGAGGAGUCAGCGCUAUCGUUUACAUGGUGGAUGCAGCAGACCCAGAGAAGAUUGAAGCCUCCAAGAAUGAACUCCACAACCUGCUGGACAAACCGCAGCUGCAGGGGAUUCCUGUUUUGGUUCUGGGGAAUAAGAGAGACCUACCAGGAGCUUUGGAUGAGAAGGAGCUCAUAGAGAGGAUGAAUCUGUCGGCAAUCCAGGACAGAGAGAUCUGCUGCUACUCCAUCUCCUGCAAAGAGAAAGACAACAUUGACAUCACUCUUCAGUGGUUGAUCCAACACUCCAGGACUAAGAGGAGUUCCUGAGAAAUGACACAUUCCCAACAGUACAGGCCAAGCCCACCUACCCCAAUACCCCCAUCUAUCCUCUCUGUCAUCUACCCCUCUUAAUACCGCCUAACCCCAGUUACCUGAUCCCUCUACACCUUUGGAUGCACUGAUACCUCUUUGUUUUUUGAUGAAGUAUCAUAGCAGGUUGAACACAUAAGAAACCAAAGCAAAGCCAUGGCUACAGAACUUCCCCGUGUGCACUGAUGCAGCCAAAAUCAGCACAAGCCCAAAAUCAGCACUUGCCUGCAUCUGCAGAAGGAUCUAGAUGGUCCAUUUCUGGUUCUUCAAAGCAUUAUUCAAAGAAGCAUUAUGUAGAGUACCGACCUGUAUUGUUCAUGUAUGAAGGCAGACACAUUAAAACCUGUAAGUACUGUGCAUGAUUGCAUGGUAAAAGACGACUGACAGCAGGAAAAGUGGUAUCUGUGCAUCUUUACAGAUUCGCUCAACAGCCGCCAUCAUUACCUGAUUUUAAACGAUCAAAUGUUUUUCAGCCAUUUUUAGUCUUAAUGAUCAGGAGAAGCUGUUAUUAUUUUAGAUUAAUGGCCAUAAAGACACAUGUUAAGCAUUAUUAGCUGGUUAAUGAGCGGCUGUUGUGUGCAUCUUUCCUAAAGAUUUCCCAUGAGCCUUUUCAGCCCCCUCCAAAUGCCAUCACCACAAAUCAUUUAUUUCUUCUCGUCUUUCUCCCAUUUUCCCGUUCUACCUCCAUAUCUUCCAUCCUUCAUAUAAUCCUGAGAACCUCCUCUUCUUCCUCCUUCGUCUGUUGCAAACUGCUUCUCCUCCUCUGUAUUCCCUCUCUGUUCCCUUUCUUUUCUUUUGGAUGUUACCUUCGUUCUGUCCUUCCUUGUCACCAAGCCCCGCCCCUCGUCGUCUCCCUCUCUCUCUCUUGCGGAGCGAGGGGUUAAAUACCUUUUUAUUGCACUGUUAAUUUUGUUUUUUGUAAGAUAUUAAUAAUGAGAAUAAUGUUAAUAAUCUUCUUAUUGUGACAUAACCUGAUCUGUCCAGACUUAAGGAAAUGGUACCUUAACUAAAGAAGUGUUUAUGUUCAUAUCUCUGUAAUAAGCUUUUUAUUUUGUAUUUGUUUUUUUUGCUUCUUCUUUUUUUUAUUGUCGUUUUUUUGACUUCAUAAGUCGAAUAUGGUUGUCUAACUAGACUUCAGUGUUUACUGCUCUGAAAUGUCUGCUGAUUGGACAGCGGGGGUCAUGUGAUCACAUGCAGCUAUCACGUCAUGUUGGCCAAAAUGACCAUGUACCGUGUAGUUUGCUUGACUUGGAGAAACCCUCACGUAUCAGAUUUUUAUACACAUAUUUAUUCACCUUAUUAAUACCUCACAUCAGAUUUGACAACGUGUUAUUUGUAAUCACCACAAGAUGGCAUCAUAAAUAUCUCCCAUAUUUGUUCAUCUGACUACAAAUAUGGAUUAAAAAUUAUUUGUCAUUUUGUGCACAGAAAGGUCUGAAAAUGAUCAAAUUCCAUCGAAUGAACAUAAACAGAAUUGAACUGAAAUUGGAAAGAACUAAAGUUUUCACCAGAAACUGGACAUAAUUGCCAGUUUUUAUUAUUUUAAAAUCAAAACAAUAUUCCUGUUCACUUUUUUAAUAUCAUGUUCAUAAUUAGAAUUAAGUCAUUAUACAAAUGAACUAAAAUCAGGACAUGGUUAAGAAAGUUAAAAAUUCAGUUUGCUCUUUAUUUCCAAGUUUGGAUUACAUGUUUUGGAAAUGAGUCUUUCACAUUUACUUGCAUAGUUAUAUUUAAGUGUUUUUGGUCAUAGUUUUGCAUAUUAGGUCUUGAAAUCGAUGCUUUUUCUACAAAUCAUGCACACAUAAAUGCACACAUCAUUUCUUUUGACACUUGGGAGCCGUGAACGUCUACAUAAACUCUCUACAGCAAACGUUUGUAUAUAUAUUGAAAACAACAAGAGGACUUUAUUUUGGGUGUUGCUGGUAUCAAAAUGAUGCUACACAGAGAUAUCACUUUACUCUUAUUUGUAUAAUUUAUAUUUAUAUGUUCAGUUGGUGCUCAGUUAGCUGGACUUGACCUCCAGGCUAAUGUUGAACCUUUAGGUGUCUAGGCACAGUGUUGACAACAAGUUAUCAUAUAAUUAUGUCAGGUCGCAGAAGGUGGUUGGAAGGUCUCCCUCCCAAAAUGGUUUCCAUAACGUAGCACUGGAACACCCUUAACAUUAAUAUUGUUUAGGCAUGCCACGUCACCUGUUUGUCUCAUUUGGAUUUCAUUUUGGUCAACUCCUGUUGGAUCACAUGACAUCCUGGUCCUGGCAGCAGCUAAUCAGACAGGAAAAGGAAGACGCAUUACGUGUUUGUUCUGUAAUUUGUUUGCUUUGCUUAAAUGUGGUCAGACUGUCAGCAGUGCACACACUUACCUGCUUUACACUGUCGCGACAAAUAAGGUUAGUCUGCCUUAAAAUUUUAGGUAAAGCCUGUGUUCCUGUGACACAAACAUAUAGAUCAUUAAAUAUUGUUGAAAUUGAAAAAAAAAACAGGAUUCAAACAGCCCACUUUGCUAACAUUUUCUUGGAAAUCCAGCCAAACCUUUUUUUAGAUACCCUGCUAACAACCAACAACACAAACUAAUCUCAACACCUCUUGUGGCAGUGCAGUCACAGGAGGUCAAGUGGUUCUGUUAAAAGUGCUUGAUUCGUCCAAACAUCAGUUUUAAUUCAAAAUAUUCAAUUUACAGUCUUAAAUAUCACCUUAAAUAGUGAUUGUUAAGAAUGCUGUUAGCCCAGCUGAAAAUCUCUAAAAUGGAAGUUCCAACAAUAAAAGAUUGUGCUUCCAAGGAACUCCACAGAUCACAGAUCAUGUAUGCUUCCGAGAGGUUUGCUUGGUAGACGUAUGACACUGAACUCUUAAAAAUGCCGACUCAGGAAAUCGAGAUUGAAUGUCAGAGGGUGCAAGAUACAUGCUCCCACGCCAAAAAACAAAGACUGAACUCUAGUUUUUAGCAACUCUGUUCAAAAGCCCUGAGAAAAUUAGCUAAGCGCUACCGCACUGGAGGCUUGAGACAGUGCAGCCCUUUGAAGUUGAAAUCCAAGCAACUCCGUGCAAAACUUAGAAGAAUGUGAGGUUAAAGUUAUACAGAUAUUAUUACCAGUGGUAUCGCUAAAUCUGCAGUUUGGCCUUCUUUAUCCCGACAGUGAAAAGCUGCUUAUUUCUUAACAACCGCCCAGAGCCAGCGAUCUGAAGGAGCUGUGUUCGUGAGCUGGCAGCCCCAGUAGGUGCAGUAUUUUCAUAACCAACCAACAGUAAGCACAACCAGCGCUAGAAAAGAGAAAACUGAAUCUCCCUCAGCCUCAGAAAGCUCUGUUUGCUCUCCAGCUGCUCCAGGUUUCAGGUUCUGGUGUUUUCUGAACCAGACAACAGUUUCUGACUUUGUCCACUCGAGAUCUAUCAAGCCAGCAAAGUCUUUUCUUCUUUUUUUUCGGUUUAGUUAUUGGAGCCAUCAGACAGACUUAUCUGCAGAGGGGAAUUUACAGUAGAGUCUCUCCGUCUUUUACUUUUUAUUUGGGAAAAUGGACAGUCUAUACCUGAACAGUGGAGAUUCAUCGUUUCAGUUCCACCUCGGCUCGUAAACUCUGAGAUUCACCAGCCACUUUGACUAGUUUACCAGCCUGCCAAGAGUCCAUUAAGGCAGAUCAGCACCAUUCAACAACAGCUGUUGGUUCUUUUUUGUCCUUGUUAUUCUGAAUGUGUGAAACUUGAAAUCCCCCUGCAGGUCUGCUCUGAUUGGCUCUGGCCUCUUCUGUUUGCAUGCUAAGGACAGGGAUUAUAUAUCUGUGGGACCUGAUGAUGUAAAUGCAUAUUUUGGUGUAACUUUACCAUAAAAUGGCCUUAAUCCAGUGUGUCAACUUGAGUAUUACCGUCAGAAAAGUAAUGCAAGUGCACAAGGGGAAAUGAAGGUAAAACAGUGCAAUAAAGUAUUGACAUGUGCUUAAAUAUUGUGUUUUUAUGACUGAGGAGAAUCACACAAAGCUUGCAGUGCUUUUCCUACAGGUGAAUACACUGGAAUAUGGUCACUGGGAUAGAAAGUUUGACCUGAUUUUUGCUUUUUUGUUUUUUUUAUAUAUGGCAGAUAAUCUAGUGAAGACCAGUGAUCCUGCAUGUGCAAAACAAUUGUGCAGGAUGUGUUGUAAAAUGUUUCAUGGUCAUCCUGUGCGCUUACGUUCAGAAAGCUGUCAGGAUUUUUGCAUAAAUCAGCAGCAAAAACCUGAAAAAUCCACACCCUAAAACAUGUAACUGGUAACAGUGUUGCACUUUUCAAACCAAGCUUUUUGUUAAUCUUUCAAAAAUUACUGCAGAUACUCUCAAUUUUUCAUUACGUGUGCACCCAGUACUGCAAAUCCUUUUCAUCAGGUUUAUAAUUUUACAUUUUUUUGUAACUUAUUGAUUUAUUAUAAGUGAAACAGCUUUUACACCACUUCAACCACUUUAAGAGUUAACAUUGUAACCUUCAAGAAAGAGAAACGUACCAAAACAAAGUAAACUAAAAUUCAGCGAUGCCCUAAGGUUUUGGUUUUAAGUGAAGCCGACUCUAAAGAACAAAACCCGAAGCGUCUUAGACUCUGCUCUGAUGCUGACUGGAUUCUUUGUGCUCAUGCUGCUGAUGCUGUUGUUUUGUGUGUCAGAGUUUGCACAUGCAGGAUGAUCACAGUGAGACAGCCUGUCAUUUUGAACCUGUUUGUACAUUAUUGGUUAAUUAAGUUGAUAUAAUGUGUUUUAAUAGAAACAUGCUUGUGUAUGAUACUAAUUAAAAACUAUGGCGAAACAUG